AUGUCAAACAAAGGGGUUGAAUUUCCAAUUGAACCCAAGAUUGGUUCGGCCUUGCGCACGUUCUUCUACUCGCAGUUGUUCGUCACACCGCGCUAUCCAGAAGAACCCUUCACAAAUCAGACGGUAAUCGUCAGCGGUGCAAACGCAGGGCUUGGGCUCGAAGCUGCGCGCCACUUCUACCGACUCAACUGUGCCCGCUUAAUCCUCUCAGUGCGCAGCCCCGCCAAAGGGGAGAUUGCAAAGGAGGACAUUGUCAGGAGCGUUAAGCAUCGCAAAGACCCCGAUGCUAUCGAGGUCUGGCCGCUGGAUCUCUCCAGCACUACUUCGACACUCGAGUUUGCUGAGCGCGUCAAGACCGAAUUGCCGCGUGUCGACGUUGUCGUCGAGAACGCUGGCAUCAACACCAAUGUCUGGACGCUGUGCGAGGGGUUUGAGCAAACCGUCCAGGUGAACGUGCUUAACACCUUCUUGCUCGCCCUAUCACUGCUCCCUAAGCUCAAUGAAACAAAUAAAUUUUUCGUCGGAUCACAACCGCAUCUUGUCAUUGUCAGCUCUGAGGCACACCGUCUGACCAAAUUUCCCGAGAUCAACGCUCCGGAUUUGUACGCCAAGUUGAAUGACGAGACAUCCUUCAGCCAGCAACCCAGGUACCAGGCGACCAAGCUCCUUGAGCUCCUCCUCACACGUGAAAUAGUCUUCCGGCUUCAGUCCAAGUCCAACACAGACACUGUUCCGCCCGUCAUAAUUAAUAUUGUGAACCCUGGCCUGUGCACAUCUACACUUGGCCGUAGUGAUAUCAAACCUCCUCUAGCCGUCCGUAUCCUACGCAGUAUUCUCGACCGCAAGGCCGAGGUUGGCGCUAGAACGUUUGUGCUUGCAGCCUCUGCCCCCGCAACUUCGCACGGCGAGUUCCAGAGCGAUGGGGCAAACCAAGAAGUCGAGUCGUGGAUCUAUACCGACGUUGGACGCAGGGUGCAGAAGACGGCGUACGAGCAGACACUCAAGAUUCUUGAGGAGAGGAAGCCUGGCAUUGCUCAAGCCGCAGGGCUAUGA